AUGUAUUCUGGUUUUUGUAGAAUGACGAAAAUUGCACAUCAUUUAAAUGUGUUUUGUCUGAUUAGAAAACGCGAAUUUUUUUCUAGUUUGGAGGGCUCUACGUUUUGCCCAAUAAGGGGGAAGUCUUGGAUUGGGCAACUGUUCAAGUCUUCGAAAUCUGACCCAGAUUUUUGCACCAAAAAGGGAUUUGAUUCGAAACGUUUGCUUUGCAAUAACGGUUUUGAGAACCAGAAAAGAAUUUUCCUCUUGUCAUCAUUAGAUGAAGAAGUGAAACGAAGGUAUGCUAUUGUGAUCGAGAAACUUGGUGGUGGAUUGAGUGUGGAAUUCAGUGAUGAAGUACAAUAUUUAAUUUGCGGGAACAUCUUUCGUAAUGAAAAAUUGUUGGCUUCUAUGGCCUGCGGUUUAUUCAUAUUACGGCCAGAAUAUAUAGAUGAAUGUGAAAAAGCCGGGAAGUGGUUGGAGCCAGAAGCUUUUGAAUGGGGCAAUCCGGCUUUUUUGGAGAAACAUCAUUUUUCUAACGAGAAGACUGAAGCUUUAGCUGUAGCAUGUCGACGUUGGAGGCUUAAAAUUGGCAUUGCAAAACCGAAGAAGAAAGCAUUUUUUGGCUGGAAUGUUGUUUUGUACUGUAAUCGUCGACGGUCUAUUGAUAUUGGCAGAAUUAUAUCGUUUGGUGGUGGAGCUGCAGUGUUGAGAGAUGAUGUAGAAUUAGCUGAUUGUUUCACUCAUGCCCUUGUUGAACGAUCAAAGUUUUGGAAUGACAAGGAAAUCGAUACUCUGGUGAAAAGACGUCUGAAAUGUUUUAACAUGGAUUUUAUAGCUAAUUUUCUUAUUGUGGAGAAUAUAGUUGAGGAAGAUUACUUACAUCGAGAUUACGCUCAGCGUCUUUCAAGGAUUGAUUAG